AUGUUCCUGACCCCUAUAGUGAUCCACUGGGGUCUCGGCCGUAACAUUUGGGUGCUCACAGAGCAUCAGAUCACUACUUUCUUCAAGUUCUUGGUAGUCAAUGAGUUCUCAUAUCUACUCAGCCUGUCUCUGAUCAAGGCGUCAAUCCUCCUCUUUUUUCUGCGGAUCUUCCAGGACACUAAGUUUCGCAAGGCUGCCUGGUGGACUUUGGGCUACAUCGCUUUUUCGACUGCACUCUUUACAGUUCUAGCAUCGAUUACUAGAGUACCUUUCUCGCUAUUCUGGGAAGGAUGGAAGACUAAGUCGACGCAAGGUAUUAUCCUUGACACAAAUGUUCUGUGGAUGACGCAUGCCGUGUUGAAUCUUCUUCUCGAUCUCUGGAUGCUUAUCUUACCAGCCACUCAAACAUAUCGUCUCGGGUUGGUUUACAAGAAGAAGAUUGGUAUCAUUGCUAUGUUUAGUGUCGGCUUUUUGUAA